AUGGUUAUGCCAGCGCCGGAAGCUGGGCAGAACCUGCUGCCAAAGGUAUCAACACUCGUCCUGCCCCUCAUUGAGGAGGGUGAUCCAGUGCUGCGCGACUGUGGCUUCCUUGCCAAGUUUGACAUGGACGACGAGCCCAGCCUUGCAUCUGGCUCCACGCGCUGGGCCCUGCCCCAGUUCGCCUGA